GUCUAGAACCAGCUUGCAAUGUCUGCAACUUGAGACCUUAGUCUUUAUCCCCCCCUUCCUCCCUUCCCCCUUUCCAUUCCAAUUCGAAGCUUGCAUUACGAAUUAGCCCCCUCCCCCGGCAAUCUCCUCGUACCAGUAGCCUAUCCACCCUAAACCAACAACUCACCCUACCCACUCAUCAAUUGCUUACAUACUCUCCCUGCUCACCUCACAUAACUAUAAGCAACAGUUGGCUGGCGAGUUGUUAUAAAGAUGCUGCAAUCUUCUCAACCCCCCGUGAUUCCUGCUACGGUACCCACCUCGACUUCCACCUUGACAACCGGCAACCCUAUAUCCAGCCCGGCACUACCACGAAAGAUGCCGUUAACCAGCGGUUGGAGUUUGCAUGUCACCGUCUACAUUGCUCCCGACAAUGUGGAUCGUUUCUUGGCCGCCUUCAAACCCGUAUUCAACAAGGUCGUAGCCGAGCCCGAGUGCCUCUUCUUUGAGAUGUAUCAGAGCCCACAAGAGCCCGGGAAGCUCAGUUGGGUGGAAAACUGGUCAAAAUCCCCAGAGUGGUUUCUCGAGAACCAAGUUACCAAGGACUACUACAAAGAAUACUUCGCCAUCACAGAGGCCAUGUUCACCAAACCGCGAGAGUUCCAGUUCCUCGAGAGGGUUGGACCCGAUUAUUUUAUGGUAAAGGACAGGCAAUUCACGCAAUAGCCGAGAAGAAACCUAGACAAAAAGAAAAAGCACCACUACCACCAUCGCUACCACCACCAACAACAACAAGAGAACGGAGACCCACCUUUAUUUCUGGCAUGCCAUGGAGUUGAGGAUGAGAU